CGCUUCUCAUCCAAAUGCUCCAACUUUCAGUGUCAAGGAAGAGGGAAGACACCAAAGGGCCCGCAUCAAAUUUAAGUAGAACAUACGAGAAACAAAGCUGGCAUGAUGCAGGAAACUGAAGAUGGCCCGCCCAAAAAGAAGGGCGGCGCAAAGGGGAGCUGGAUCCUGCGCAAGUUGAGAGGAAAACCGAGCCAGGUGCAGACGCCUGAUGCGGCAGGAGCAGGAACAGCGGGAGUCCAGCCCGCUUCCUUUUUGUCUCCUGCAGCGACGAGCAAGAUCAAGAGCAAAACCAAAAGGGGAGGCCCGAGCUCUUCUGCGAUUAGCCCAGCCCAGACCCAGCCCAGCCCCUCACUCUCUGAAAAAGGAACGUCAGCAGCUCUCGGCGGAUUCAGAUCAUCAACUGCCGCGGAUGGCCUUGCAGACACCCUGCGCCUGCCAACAACGUCCGAAGACGGCAGCAAAGCUCCGCGAUUGGGCGAACUGCCUACAGUCGGGUCUAUCUUUUCCGCCGAAGACAUCGGAGGCUCGGCACUCGCCACCGGUGCCGCCUCCACGAUGUCAUCAACGCCAGCGCCCACAUCAGCACCGGAGCGGACUCCUGCAAUAGUAUAUGCGAUUUCCAGCAGUCAGGAUCCUUCGUCUCCACUUUCCACGGGAGCAAGGGGUAAUAAUAGCAACUAUCUGCUGGACCGCUCUACCCGCGCCGACCAAGACAGCUUCAAAGGCGGCGCUACCUCCUCUUUGAUAACGGGCACCGCACAAGGCGAGAACGAAGUUGGUCUCACUUCCACCACAGGAACACUCAUGUCUGGUGGCAGUGCAGACUUUCGUGGCUCCUCCGAAGGGGAGACAGCGCAUGCAGCAGGCACGGUGGAUGCGAGCAAUGGUGGUGCGGAGCCCACUGCCGUGCUGAGGAGCCAGUCAGGAAAUAUGCCUAGCGGCGAUCAAGUCGAAAAACCAGCCGGGCAGGGCGGAAAUGGAGACGAGGAGACAUCGUGGUCCGCCGCUGGAGAUUCAGACGCAGACGAUGAUUUCAGCAGCGGGCGCGGAGCGCAUAGAAGGGACUCGACAGAUGCCGGAACAAUGGAUACAGGUAAGAGUCGAGCAAGCACCAAACCUACCACCCUUAUGAGUCUUGACGGACCAGGUGGCGCAGGCGGCACACAUGCUCAUAUCGCCCAAGCACAGUCGCCUAGCCGCUACGACGCCGAGAGUGCCAUGACGGGUAACAAUUCAGCCGUGCAUUUCGCCGCGCCUUCUACCUCGUCUGGCGGACACGGCUACGGGCAAGCGAGCCAAAGCCAAGGUCACAGGUAUAGUCAAGGUGGGCACGGCCACAGUCACAGCCACGGAAUGAUUCGUUCUGAAGCGCGACCAAGCUCGUCGAAUGGAGGUCAUACGGCGGACGACCACGUCUCCUUAUCUUCGUCGUCCGCCCCUGCUGCGCCGUUCGUCAACGUCCCUGGCUACUCGCGUCCGCACCCAGCCAAUAAUCCCGCGCCAUCUGGAUUCCCAGCCGACAAUGCAAGCAUGCUGACGCUCGCGUCGUCCAAUGCGGCACACAGCAUGACUGGCGCCCCAAGUCACCGAAGCUUUGUCGGUGUUGGUUUCGGCGGAGGAGCGGGAAGUGGGCGCCCUCCGAGCUUGGGCGGCGCGAAAAGCAUCGUGAGCAGCCUGAUGGGCGAUCGACGCAACAGCUCCGACACACAUGCCAGCAUGAAGGCGCUCCCGCCACUGAGCAGGCGCGGUAGCGAUGAGAGCACUCGCACCAGCGGUGGUGGGACUGGGGCAGGCGGAGCGGGGGGCGUCGGCACGGAUCGAGACAGCCUAUUGGCUCAGGGUCAUACUUCUCAGGCAGCGCCGAGCAUCGGCAGCGUCGCACACUCUGCCUCCGCCCCUAGCCCCACUGCGGCCCCCUUCGUUGUUGCGCCUGGCGGACCAGGUGCGCCAUUUGACAGAAUCAGCAUGCACCGCACACCAUCGCAGCGAACAGUCGCGACGCAACUCUCCAUCCCACUUUCCACACACGCCGCCGCUGGUGGCUCUGGCGGCGCGGACGCGUCCGCUGCAUCAGCAUCGGCACCGGCACCGGCACCAGCGGCUGUCAGUACAAGUGCAUAGCAUGCUGAAUGGUCGUCUUUCCCUCUCAACUUGAUUACCGAUGAUCCUGCCCAAUCCAUCUCGCUCGCCUCCUCUAAAGCUUGAAAAGGUGUAUCUACUGUAGUUAGUAUGUAUAAGUUACACAUGUUCCAUUCCAAAUGAAUAAAAAG